AUGACAAACGUGAAAGACUGGAGGUGCCGCCAUCCACAGUGCAUGAAGCGUCCGUCGUACAGAAAAGACAGUAGCAAGGAGGCGGAGUUCUGUGCCCAGCAUGCGGGACAUGGCAUGGGCAAUGUUAGUAAUAAGAGAUGCGGCCAUCCAGGUUGCACGAAGCAGCAAUCGUAUGGAAAAGAAGGCAGCAAGAAGGCGGAGUUCUGUGCCCAGCACGCGCGACAUGGCAUGGUCCUUGUUCGUGCUCAGAAGUGUGGCCACCCAGGUUGCACUAAGCAGCCAUCGUAUGGAAAAGACGGCAGCAAGAAGGCGGAGUUCUGUGCCCAGCACGCGCUACAGGGCAUGGUCCUUGUUCGUGGUCAGAAGUGCGGCCACCCAGGUUGCACAAAGCAGCCAUCGUAUGGAAAAGACGGCAGCAAGAAGGCGGAGUUCUGUGCCCAGCACGCACAACUGAGCAUGGUUGAUGUCACGAAGAAGAAGUGCGGCCAUCCAGGUUACACGAAGCAGCCGUCGUAUGGCAAAGACGGCGACAAGAAUGCGGAGUUCUGCUGUCAUCAUGCGCUACCGGGCAUGGUUGACGUGGUUAACAGGAGGUGCCGCCAUGCAGGGUGCAUGAAGAGGCCGUCGUAUCGUAGAGCCGGCAGCAAGAAGGCGGAGUUCUGUGCCCAGCACGCGCGAGGGAGGAAUGAUUAA